GGCCCCGCGCCGGGUUCUUUCCUUCCUUCCCCGAAAUAAGGAGGAGGCGCCGACUCCUUUCUUUCCACCGAACUCAUUUUCCUGCGCGCCGCGUCGGCCAACUUCUCCGCUGGCCCCUCCCCGCGCUUCAUGAGGUCACUUUUCAGCUGUCGCAGAAACGCUUCUUUUGCAGAGUUUUCAACGGGAGGGAAGGGGCUAGCGGUGGGGCCGGGGUGGGAAUUUUCGCUGCUCCGGGCAGGGAAGGGCUUGAUCUUUUAUUUAGGCGGCUCUUUUAGUUUCCAGCAGUCACUCUCUGGAGGGGGUGGAGUCUGUGGGAUGUUGCUUUCGCAGACCAGUUGGAGCUGUGUGCGGUGGUGGGAACCCUUUCCUAGACUGGCUGCCCAUUCCACUUGGAUGGCUCUGGCAAGCUGAGCUGCCUCCUGGCUUGUAAUUAUGGAUCCUACCUUGUUGCUACCACUUGCUGUUACUCUUGAUCCACGGGGUUUUAAUCAAGGGGCAGCCGAGCCCAAUGAGCCCGUCUUGGACCCUUGCAGUCUCCUUUCAGAAAGACACUAUGAGGUGGUGCCCUGCGUGGUUUGUGCUCUCUGCUGCAUUUUUGGAGUAGCUUACUGCUGUUUUGGGUAUCGGUGUUUCAAGGCCAUCAUGUUUCUCUCGGGUCUCCUCUUCGGCUCCGCUGUGAUCUUUCUGCUUUGCUAUAAGGAGCGUAUUUUGGACACCCAGCUCAGCUUGGAGGUCAGCGCUGGCAUUGCCCUGGGCAUCGGAGUCUUGUGUGGCUUGGUUACCAUGCUGGUGCACUCAGUAGGGUUGUUUCUGACGGGGCUUCUGCUUGGCUUGCUGGUGGCCACAGCUGGGCUGGUAGCCACUGAGCCUUUCUACAAGCUGCCCAAUGGGUGGGUCCCUGCUGGGUCCCUGCUGGGCCUGUCACUCUUAGGUGCUGUCUUGGCACUGCGCUGGCAGAAAGUCCUCACGGUGAUCUCCACGGCAGUGUUUGGGGGUGCUGUUCUGACUCUCUGCUUGGACUACGUGGUGGAGAACCUGGCUUUGGGCCACCAUGUGUAUGACCGUCUCCGUUUGGCCCCUUCUUCCCCGCUCUGCUGGUGUGGCUGGGCAGUGCUGGCCGUCUGGCCUGCCCUUGCCUCGAUGGGCAUCCUGCUGCAGUGGAAGGUGACUGCUGAAGGUUUCUCCCACACAGAUGUGGUCCUGAAUCGGCGCCAGAAGCAAUUACAGCUCUUACGGAUUCGACAGCGCGAAGCCAAGAAGAGGCAGAGCCAAGCUCCACAGGAAGGCUCAUACCGGCACAAGGCCAAUGCUAUCAAACGCUGCACUGGAGACGUCCUCGCACCGAGUUACAUCCAGAGCCUGCGAGACCGCCAGCACCUGGGAACUGGCACCUCCCUGAGCAACCUGAGCACCAGCGCUCACACCACAGUGGAUCUGGAUUAUGACUGUGGCUCUACCGUUCCCCUCACCACUCCACGCGGCUGCCUUUGAAGGACCUGGGUCUGCGCAUGUGCUUGGGAUGUUGCUGCGUUGUCUUCUUCCCCUUCUGCUUUCAGCAGAGUCAGAGCACAAGACAUGCUGAAUAUGUUAGGUCCUGUCUGUCAACAUCUUUGGGUAGCCUGCUAUAUUUUUUAAGAUUGUUUUUCCGGAAUUCAAACCAGAUGGGUCUAUCUCCUUUCCUUUCUUUGGGAAGGGCCACAUGUGACUUAAAGCAGGAGGAGAGAAGAGAUUUAAGGAACACACGUUAAUGUAUUUCCCUUUUAAUCAGUGAAGGCAGGACACCCGUUUCCUUUACCAGGUCUUGACAGCUGCCUUCCAACCUCUGCUGGAAUAAAUUGGCCAUGUCCGGGGUGGCUGUCACCAUCUCUGAAGCUGAUUUAGUCUCUGUCUCACUGCUAAGCCAUAGCUGCAGCCUUCUCUUGGACGAGAAGGCUACUUGCUCUACUUUGCAGCAAAUCUGAAGCAAGCACCUUUUGGCCUUGAUAAACUGCCCUUUGUAGAAAUGUAACUCAGGGGUAAAAUACAACUACAUGGUAGCUUACAAUGGUUUGUUGCAAUAUAAAUGGAUGGCAUACCUGAUUUGUGGUGUUUCUUCAAGAUGAUGCCAUUUUUUGUAUGUGUGCCAUAUGAGAGAUUUAUUAUAUUUAGUUUAUCCUUUCUCUAGAGCAGUAUUUCUCAACCUUGGGAAUUUUAAGAUGUGGGGACUUCAACUGCCAGAAUUCCCCAGGCAGCCGUGCUGCCUGGGGAAUUCUGGGAGUUGAAGUCCAUACAUCUUAAAGUUCCCAAGGUUGAGAAACACUGCUCUAGAGCAAUGAGGGCUGCUUGUAUAAAGAAGGGAAACCUACACUUCUGUCCUUUCCUCAAUCUAAGUAACGAUCCAAGCUGGAUCCUUUGAAGCCAUAAUCAGAUAUUCACCCUGCACAUGCUUGCAGUCACCUGCGGUGCCCAAAAUAUUCUAAAAAGGUGCCCAGCAAUUUCAAAAUGAUUUUUUAAAAAAAAAUUAGAGUUCACAAGAUGUCAGCAUUCUCAUAUAAGUUCUGUUUGAUCUUAGGGUUAUGACUGAAACUACUUUGGUCACCCUUAUAACUGCACAAGGUCAUAUGACACUGCUUGAAGAUGGCCAUCUCUAGCCAAUGGGGAGAGGAGUAAUAUUCUUACUGGCUCAGUCUUUCCAUAUUCCCCUCACAGACACGAUCAUGCCAUCACAGCUACCUUACUGAAUGGAUGGGUGAUGGCAUGAUUGUAUCUGUGGAGAGAAUGGUCCUCUGUGGUCCUUCAGGUACUGGACUCUGACAUAAAUCAGCAUAGAAAAACUUUAUGGAUGUUGUAGUUCAUCAUCUGGACAGCCACAGAUUUCCUAAUCUCUUUUGUGGGAAAGUCUGACCAGCAGAGUUGUAAAACUUAUGGAGAGAAUCUAUAUUUUUAGAGCAGGGUACCUUUUUCAGAUGUUCACCUUUACUCAGUUGGUGAUGAUAAAUAUAAAUCAGCUGGGAUGUGACAAGAAAGUGAUUGCACUUUCCUCACCCUUGUUAUCCCCAAAGGAGUGAAUUCCAAAUAAAACUGGUAUUAUCAUUCGGAGUGCCUUUACUAGCAUGUUUAGAGCCAUGCCUGCAUCAGAAUGAUUCUGAAUUUAACUUGACAAUGGUGCUUUUAAAAACAUGUACAUAAUGAUUAAAAAAUAAGAGUCCUAACCCUUGAACUCUUGACUGGUAAGCUAGCUCACCUGAAUUUCAAAUCCUGAACUUUUUAAUCCAAAUUCACUCUGUGCACAUGGGUUCAAAUCCUGCUCAAAAAACCUUUUUGUUAUUGUAAUUGUUUCCUAUGAAAUGUUUGUUACUGUUUUGUAACUGUUCCUGUUUAUAAAACUUAACACAGA